AUGCAUUUUUCAUUUUCUUUUCCUUCCAUAUUCCUUUUGCAUUCUUCUUCCUUUACGUUUUUUUUUCUUUCUUUCUUUUGUGUUAGCUUUAUUUCAACCUUCGUUACUCCUUCUUUGUCUUGCUCUUUUUUUUUUGUUGCUCUUUCUCUCUUCUGCUUCGUCUGCUAUCAUUCUCUUUCCUCCAUUUACAUUAUAUUCUUCUUCUUCUUUUUCCUUUUUCUCUUCUCCUGUACUUCUGUUUUCUUCUUCUUUUUUAUCAUUUUCUUUCGUUCUUCUCUUUCUUCUCUUUUCCUUUUGUUUUAUCUUCUAAAAUUUCUUUUCUUUUUUCUUUUCUUUCUCUCAGUUUGCAUCACUUCUUCGCUUUUUCCUUUCCUUUCACACUUUUCUUUCUCUUUUCCCAUUUCUCCCAUUUCGGUUUUGUCUUUUCUUCUCUUCUCUUCCUCUCCUCUCCUCCUCCUCCUCCUCCUUUCCUUCUACUUCCAUUUUCUUUCUCUUUCUUGCUUCUUGAAAUGUACGAAAUUUCCUCCUCUUUCUUUCCCCUUUUCUCCUCCUCCUUUCAUUCUACUCUCCCUUUCUUUCUCCUCUUCUUUUCUUUCCUUGUUCCUUUUUUCUCUUCUUCCUUUCUUUCCCUGUUUUUUCUCCUCUUCCUUUUUCUCCUCUUCCUUUCUUUCUCCUCUUCCUUUCUUUCCCUGUUUUUUUCUCCUCUUCCUUUUCCCCCUCUUCCUUUCUUUCUCCUCUUCCUUUCUUUUUCCUUUUCCUUUCUUUCUUCUCUUCCUUUCUUUCCCUUUUUUUUUCUCCUCUUCCUUUUCCCCCUCUUCCUUUCUUUCUCUUCUUCCUUUCUUUUUCCUCUUCCUUUCUUUCUUCUCUUCCUUUCUUUCUCUGUUCUUUUUUCUCCUCUUCCUUUCUUUCUCCUCUUCCUUUCUUUCCCUGUUUUUUUUUCCUCUUCCUUUUUCUUCUCUUCCUUUCUUUCUCUUCUUCCUUUCUUUUUCCUCUUCCCUUCUUUCUCUUCUCCCUUUCUUUUGCCUCUUUGUUUGUUUGUUUGUUACUUUCUUUCUUUCUUUCUUUCUUUCUUUCUUUCUUUCUUUCUUUCUUUCUUUCUUUCUUUCCCGUCUUCCUUUUUUCUCUCCUACAGUUCCAUGUUUCUUCUACCCUCUCUUAUUUUUUAUUUGUUUUUCCUUUCUUAUGGAAUUCUGUUCUUCUUCGUUUGCCUCUCAUUUAUUUUAUUCUUCUCUUUCCUCUCUUCUUCUUCUUCUUCUUCUUCUUCUUCUUCUUCUUCUUCUUCUUCUUCUUCUUCUCUCUUUUCGUUCUGACAUUAUUUUUAUUAUUCAUCUAUCUAUCUAUCUAUCUAUCUAUAUAUAUAUCUAUCUAUCUAUCUAUCUUCAAUCUUAUUCACGCCAUUAUUAUCUAUCUAUCUAUCUAUCUAUCUAUCUAUCUAUCUAUCUAUCUAUCUCAGAAUGUUAUCUAUCUAUCUAUCUAUCUAUCUAUCUAUCUCAGAAUGUUAUCUAUCUAUCUAUCUAUCUAUCUAUCUAUCUCAGAAUCAGUCAUCUAUCUAUCUAUCUAUCUAUCUAUCUGUCUAUCUAUCUAUCUCUUUUCAUAUCCAUAUCUAUCUAUCUAUCUAUCUAUCUAUCUAUCUAUCUAUCUAUCUAUCUAAUAUAUAGCCAUUUAUAUCUUAUAAUACCUCAGCGUUUCCCUUUGUGUAGUUAUCCCUUAGCAGUUAUCUAUCUAUCUAUCUAUCUAUCUAAGACUUUCUCUAAUUAUUCAUUGAACAUCUCCUACAUACAUGAAGAACGGCUUCAUUUUUCGACCUUUCUUCAAAUUUCAACUUAUUUCAAAUAUAAUCUUUGCCUGUUCAUGCCAUCUAUCUACCUAUCUAUCUAUGUAUCUUUUCAUAUCCAUAUCUAUCUAUCUAUCUAUCUAUCUAUCUAUCUAUCUAUCUAUCUAUCUAAGACUUUCUCUAAUUAUUCAUUGAACAUCUCCUACAUACAUGUAGAACGGCUUCAUUUUUCGACCUUUCUUCAAAUAUCAACUUAUUUCAAUGCUUUGCUGUUUAUGCAUAUACCAGCAUGUAAGACAUCGCUUCUUCAUCUCACGGUUUCAUAUGGUUACACAAAUAUCUAUCUAUCUAUCUAUCUAUCUAUAUUUGGAAAUUAA